AAUAACAAUAUUUUGUUUACCAGCCGACUGGUGCGGCAAUAAAGUUAGAGCGUGUUAGUUUAUUGACUACCUGCGCUGAGAGCCCUCGAAUCACGCGAACGAAGAAACCCAAAAAGAGGCAAUUCGCUGACAGGCCAGCUAUCAACAGGCAGCGCCUUUUUCGCGUAUUUGUAAUGCUUGACGAUAUCUCGGCAUUGCAUAUAAGUACAGCACGCUCAACGUAUAACAUGGACACAACAUCGGAUGCUGAUGCGUGCUCGAUGUCCUCGCUGGAGAGCGAAAGUGACUUGUCGCUGGCCUUUGAACCGGGCGAACCGGCCGACUGUGAUGAGCUGCCCGCUUUCGAAAUACGUGCCUUCUCGCCACAUGGUCGUACGCCAUCUCCCAUUGAUGACUUAAAUAUGUCGGACAUUGAAACGCCAAAACAGGAGCCGGCACAGCAGCGCAGUCCUGGCCGCCAGAACAACCCAGAGUUUGUGGCGUUGCAUGAGAUCAAUGCACAGAUCAGCGCGCCCAGCGACAAUGCAAAUGAUUCAACAAGUGCCAUCAGUCGUGCCAACAGUUUGGAAACUAUUUUUGAGGGCGUAUUUCUGCAUACCCCGCCGCGUGAGAAGCUUAACAAAAGCGCUGGUUGCGGCUCCAAUUCAAACUCUGCCACUCGUUUCACGCCGAAACGCAGUCGGGCUAACCUAAUGGAACUGGUGGCCAUGAAUCGCCUGAACCUGGACGGCAAGGAAAAUCAGUCGCCAUGCAACCAACUACAAGAUGAACCCACCUAGUUCCCAUAUGUAGGGUAAACCAGGCCUGAACCAAAGCCAUAUCUGACACAUUUGUUUAGACUGUCCCUGAUUUUUCUACACCUAAGAUUUCGAUAUAUGUGUAAGCUUGCACUAAUGUACACUUUGUGUAUCCUAAAAAUAUCAUUUUUAUAUGUAUUUAUAUUUCUGAUGCUGAGUUUGAAUAGUAAAACAUUUGUCUUUCCAUGUUUUAAACAUUAAA